AUGGACAAGAAGCAAAUGUUGCAAGGUCCAGAGAAAGGGAACUUGUACUCAGUUUACUUAACCAAUAUGCAUAGCGAUAAUAUAAGUCUACACAACAAUGAAGGUGUUAAUACACAGAACAAAAUCCACAUGAAUAUUAAUGUAGACAACAAGGAUAAGCUAUGUUGUUCAGAAAGCAAGAAUGUGAACACAUGCAUGUCAUGCAGUUUAGGGGAUGCAAUUGAUGCUGAUAGUGUAUUAAGUGAUGAGAAGGGUGUAGGAUUAUCUCCUCCUAGUUAUUCUUCUUGUAUUGAAAGAAGUUAUGAAGAGGUUGGAAUUGCCAAUACUGAAGGUGGUAGUAACAGUGACAAAAUUAAAGAUGAUAACAUGGAUAGAGAUAAUAUAAGCAAAAGCAGUAACGUAUCUGACGGAAGAAAACAGUCUAAUGAUAGUGGAAGAAUGUAUAACCCUGAAUCUAUUUCAGAAUCUAUUUCAUAUUGCAAGAACAGUAGAUAUAACAAAGGGAGUGAUGAAAAUUGCCUUAAACUAAGUAGUGAAAACAACAAAGCUCAAUAUUAUGUAACGACGGAUGAAUCAAAUUACGUGAAUAAUUCAGACACAAAAGGGAUGAAACGAGACAAUGUAAAUUAUGCAUAUUCUAAGGAAAAAACAACUAAUUAUAAUAAAUCCAAUGUAAUGAAAAAUGAUAAUCCAAAUGAUAACAAAUGUGAAGGUAUAUGCAGCAACAAAUUUGACAACCAAGAUUACGAAGAUUACGAGAGAUAUAGCAACAUCAAUCAUAGUAAUAAUUCCCUAUAUCAGUAUAACAAUGCAGAUAAUGGAACAAAUAUGAACCGACUAAAUGACGUGCACAGAUGUGAUAAAGUAGAAAUUGGACGUGAUGAUACAAAUUUAUAUGAAGAAAAUAUUUCCUAUUAUAAUAUGCCUAAGGAAAAUAAGGGAACCAUAAUAUUUUUUAAUAAACAUAUUGAAGAAAAGGGAAAUAAUUUGAAAAAACAAAUAGUCCAAGAGGAGGAGAAAUAUAAAAUGUACGAUAUAGAGGAUAGUCAAGUUGCAUCAAAGAUGAGUUACAUGAAGAAGAAUCAUAUAAUAGCUAUCAAUUCGCGUUCAGAUGGAAAUUAUGAAAAUUAUGAAAACAACGAAGACAAUAAUUUACAUGAUUACGAUAAGGACCAAAUGUCUGAUAACACUUUUUCGUCAUCAACAGAUUUGAGCAGAUUUAACUCGUGCAUUCAUUAUGAUGACCCAAACGGGGUGCAAACAUUGGCCAACCAAAAAGAAACUGACGGUGCAGCAGUGAAUGACAUGGAAAAUAAUGGAAAUUACAAUUUUGAAGAAACAAAUUUAUGCAGUAAGAAUAGUCAAAAGAAUGAAAAAAAAGAGAUGAAGACAAAUAUUUCAUCUCUCGUUUCAUAUGUGGACAGUGAAAUGUGCUGCAAGGAUGAUGCUGAUGAUGGUAAUUAUUUGAACGAUAAUUUAUUAGUAGAAUUUCCGCACUUAUUGCUACAGGAUAAUCAAGAAGAGUCUACGAACCCAUUGUACGUGCUUAACGAGAUUAAUAAAAAUUACACCAUGGAUUCUGAACACUUUUCAAAUUCAGAGGGGAAUUUCCAUUUUCUCAAAAGUGACAAUAUGUCCAUACGAGAUUCUUUAGAUUGUUACAAAGAUAUUUGUAAUAGUGGUGUAGAAAAUACCAUUCGUGCAGAUAGUGGCUAUGGUGAUGACCUUGCAAGCCCUGAUCAAAAUUAUAUAAAUUUGAAAUAUAUAAGUUGGGGAAAAACAAAUGAUGAAGAAAAAAUAACGAAGGAAAAAUCUCUCCAAAGUAUUCAGCAUCUGGUGCAAGAGGAUAGAAUCGAAAGAAAUUAUACUGCCAACGAUAAGUUUCUCUCAACAUUGGUUUGUAACAAGAGCAAUGAUCAUCUCGGUGGGAAUAACAACGAUGUGUCAAGUGGCAUCCCCAACAUGCGAAGUGUAGGAAAUAUCCAAAAUGUCCAGAAAGGACAAAGCAGUAAUAGUAAUUGCAAGGGCAUGAUACAAUUAGUUAAUUUCAACGACGAAGCAAACGUUGCCCAUUUAACAAUGGAUGAAAAAAAAAAUAAGUGUGUUUCGAAUCAUUGUAACAUAUCAAUCGGAAGGGAUAGGAAUAUAUUAUCCGUAUGUGGUUAUGAACAAAGAAAUCAUACAGAUGCAAAUAAAAAUGAAAAAUGUGACAAUAUUAACAGCUUUACAUUUACUACGAAUGGAACAAAUUUGGGAAUUGAAAAAAACGAAAUUAGUAUAUAUGAUGAAGGGGAUGAAAUUUUGUUAAAUUACCAUUUGAAGAAUAUACCAGAAGGAACUUCCCAAACGAAGCUUAAUGGAGAAUCAUCAUAUGACAAACUGAUAGGAGACCAUUCUUUUGAUAACAAUUUUGAACAGAAUGAAAUAUGGUACUCGAAUUGCACAAUACAUAAGAAAACAUGUCCAUGGAAUAUAAACUCAAGUGUACAUGCUAGUGUAAGUAAGCAUGUGAAUAAUGUAAUAGAUACGUGUGGAACCUCAAUAAAAUCUGCUAAUGGUGGAUCGUAUAACACAACGUAUGAUGAGGAAUAUGCAGAAUGGGAUAUCCAAGUUCAUGGGAUCAACAGAAACAUGUGUGACGAAAGUGGAAUUGAUCAAGCAAACAUUAGCAACAGUUUAAUGUUCACGAAUGACAUGAUGCAAUUUAGUGAAAACAAUUCCUUGGUUAUUUUAAACAAAAGGCAUGCUUCUGGAUUAAUGAAUGAUAUAAUGAAUACUAGUAAGGAAGAUUCACUCAGUGUAAUUACCCCCAUGUGUAGCGACUUACGUAUUAUGGAAAGUGCAACUAAUAAAGAGUGCUACGACAAUCAGGAUUUUACUUUUGGGAAAGAAGAAUUAGACAAGGUCGCAUGCUUGAAGUUUGAUGGGGAGUAUGCGAAUUUUUUUCAUCAAACUGGCCAGAACGAGAUUAGUCAGGUGCACUGGAAUGAGGUGGAUGAACAUGACAAGGUCGGUGACAAAGACUGGGACAAAGGAAUAUGUGAAGAUCGAGGUGAAGAAAAGAACGAAGGCGAAUGCAACAUACAUUACAGCAAUAGUGAAACGACGAAUGUGAGUUUCAGUGCCCUCGAAAGCAAUCAGGCUAGAAAAUAUGGAGCAGAAAUGAAACCCAAGGUAGAAAAGGAGGAGGAAAAAGAGGAAGAAAAGGAGAAAGAAAAGGAGGAAGAAAAGGAGGUUUUUAAAGAAGAUUCACAAAACGGAAGGGACGCAGAGAAUAAUAAGAUUAUCUAUGAUGCAUGUGAUGGCAUUAUGGAAGACAAUUUUAAUUUAUUCUUAAUCAAUGAGGAUUUACAUUUGGACAGUUCAUGUUUACCAAGUAGAUGGAUCGGGAAUGAUGGUGGAUAUUUUUCAAUUGCAGAUAGCGAUAUGAUUGAUAAGCAUGAUAAUAUGAUAGAUAAGGCACCAGAUUAUGGAAGAGAAGAUGAUGUAAUGAACACAAUUUACAAUGACUCAUAUCUAUACAUGAACGGGAUAGACAACAUGUCAAAUGGAAGAAGAAGAAGAAGAAGAACAACAACAACAAGUAAGGGGAAAACGGAAUUUGAUGCUAACUAUCAUAGCACAAGUGUAGCAAGUGAAAAUAAUAAUAUUGAUUCUUUUUUCAUGACGUGUGUGCGAAAUUUUUGUGAAAAUACCUACCAAAAUGAUCAUAAGAAUUAUAUAGAUUUAUAUUAUUCAAUCAAAAAUGAAAAAAAAGAUAAAGGAGAAGGAGUGGAAGACGGGUUAGUAGAUGAUACAUGUUCAAAGGAAGUAUAUGCAUUAGUUAAUAAGAAUGAAGAUGCAUCUUCUGUUCAUACAAGUAUCUGUGAAAAGAAUAUUAUGAACUGUAAUAGUGCUAAUGGUAAAAAAUUACCAUUUGUUUCGAACAUGAUUAAUAGUUUAAAUAAUAGUUAUGAAGUGAGUUGUCAUAUAAAUGAUUCAGCAUGUGAAACUAGUGUAAACAACAUCUUCAAAUCGCUUAGUGAAAGUUAUAAUGUUGUUCUUACAACACAUGCUGGAAGUAAUGUUAAUCCUCAUUAUGAUGGCAUAAAUAUGUGUAUGAAUUAUUUUGACUCGUUAUCAUACUGUCCAAACAUGUACAAUUUGGUUAAUGGUGCAGAAAGUAGUAUAUCAUAUAAGAACAGCAAGUUAAACAUGAACAUUUUGUCGACAGCGGGGGAACAUGAUAAUUUUAUGAACAAAACCAAGAACUCAGAAAUUUGUAACCUUAGCUAUACUUCUAAGAAUGAAGGUAUUGGAAUUGGCAUGGACCAUUCUGAGAAUGCCAAGGAGAAUAUUUUUACGCCACGUGAUGUGGGCAAUGUCGCUAUCGUCAACAGUAUAUCGAACAGAUGCUCUGAUGAGAAGCGAGAAAAUCAGAAGCAUCAGGAAUGUCAAGAAGAUGAUGAAAAUUUUCAUUUAUGUGAAACCAAAAAUUGUGAUGAAGAGAUCGGAAAGCAGUACGUGAUUAAAACAAAUUCGAUUAAAACAAAUUCUGCAGUUCAGCACGAUCACAGUGGAAGAGAUCACAUUCUGGUUUGGUAUGGAAAUGAAUCCGUGAAAAAGUCUUCUACAUCCAUUCAGAAUGAAAGCAUUCUUCCGUUAAGUCGUGCAGGAGGAUAUUGCACCAACAAUGGAAGGAAUCCAAUUAUAUUGGAGAAGAAAGAGGAUAUCGCCUCUUUUUCUACAUUUGAUGAAAAAUUGUGUGUAUCGAAAGUGAGAAAUGAUGAAAAGCAGGAAGAUGGGUUGGUAAAUGGGGUAGAUUAUGACCAUCCAAGUGAUUUAGUUGGAAAAGAAUUCAGUAGAGAAAGAGAUGGCACUAAGCAAACCGAUGAGAUGCAUAAAUACUUGAAGGUUUACAGAGAUCAUUGUAGCUCUUCUGAUUUGGGUAAUGACCACGAGGGAAAUAUUACAUCUGUUCAUGUCAGAAGCAAUGUUAAAGAAAACAAAAUGGAUGAUGGUGAUGGUGGUAAUAAUUACAGUAUUAUUGGAGUGCGAAGAAAUAGAGUGUUGUCGGGAAAACGAGACGAAACUGUCUUGAGUGGUGCGUUUAAUAAAUCAACUUCGCUGGAUUCCGCAAAAAUCGUGCAAAGUUUGAGCGGUGUGAGCAAGGGCAACGAAGCACAGAUGCAAACCCACAUGGAGGAUAAAAUGAUGAACUUCAUUUCUAAUGGCAAUUGGAAGGAGAAGGAAGACCACACGAAAUCUUACAAGGACAGAGAAAAAGUCCGAGGAACAUGUAACGUUAAUACAUCGAAGGGGUCUAAUGCACACAUCGGUGGAAACGAGAAGAAUGUGCGAAACUCAACAAGUGAGUCGAACACAUUGAACCCACUUAACGGGACUAAUUACUUUUUUAGAAGUGAUGACUCUGGUCUUCCAAACAUGGAGGAAAAUGACAAUUACAGAGACAUUAAAGAAGACGACGAGAACCUAAAGAAUGAAAAGAAUGGAUUCAGAAACGAAAAUUUUAAUGGUAAUGAUAGCUGUAUGAGUAUUGCAGAUAAUUACAUGAACAGAAUUUUAUAUGUGGACGAUGAUAAUGAUCAUGCAAAGAUGAGUAUGGUAAAAAGUGUAUCUAUGAAAAAUGAUAUAGAUAACAAUGGAAAAAUCUUUAGCGUUCCGAAAAUAUCGAAUGAUUAUCUAGAACGACCUUUUGAAUGCACUAACUUUUGCGGAAGAUAUUAUGCCUUUAGGGAGAAAAAUUAUUAUGACGAUUUGGAAAACUGUCCUCAAAACUGUUCGCAAAACUGUCCUCAAAACUGUUCGCAAAACUGUCCUCAAAACUGUCCGCAAAACUGUCCGCAAAUUUGUCCACAAAACGAUGCGCACAACAUGAGCUAUUCUGAUAGUAACCUGAACGAGAGUAGUGAUCAUAACAAGUUUCAACUCGAACACGAACAGUUUCUUAAGUACUAUAGCAUAAUAGACAAAGAAAGAGAAAAUAAAAGUAAGCAUCAUUUGUAUCCAUACUCAUCGUGUCUUCUGACUUCCCAGGAACAGGUUAUCAGAAAUUGUAAUGAAUUGAAAGGAAAUAAAUAUGAUGGUGGAAAUGAAAAUAACAUUACCAAUGUUAAAGAGUUUAAUGGUAUGUCUAACGGUAAUAGUAGAUAUCUUACUGCUGGGUUGAUGACGAAUGUGAAUAAUUUCAUCACACUAAACACAGGGAAUACAAUAAAUAGAAUAAAUGUUCCAGAUUAUAAUUUCCAUGGAAAAGGUUCAUCCAUGAGAUGUGUGUCAGAUGUUGCAUCAAUGGAUACACAUAAUUUAAACAACCAAAAUUUGCGAUUCAGAAAUGCUACUUUUUCAAAUUAUGCGAACAGCGGUUCUUGCAUUAUGGAAAAUAAUAAUUUAGUACCCCAAAAUAAAAUGAAUAGUGAGGGAGGAGGUAGUUAUAAUUUUAUGCAGAAAUUAAAGAUGCAUGAUAAAAUGAAAUUUGACACAAAAAUGCAAAAUAACAGUUUCACAUAUGACAAUGGAAAAGGCAUGGAUCAAGCGUAUAUUUUACAACAAGCGACCAGAGGAAGCAGCGGUGGUAAUAUUAAGAAUUCUAACAGUGGAGUAAACGGCGGUUCUACUAGCUGUGGAAACAUUCUUGUGAAUGCACAAUCAAAUAGAUGCAGAAUUAGUAACGAAGUGAACAACAACAGCACCUUAAGGAACAACUUGAUGAUCUACGGUGGAGAGAAGCAGAAAACGGCAUUCAAAGAAGGGAUAAAAUUUGUAGAUAAAUUAUCACCAAUCAAUGGAAGAAAUUUUAACCUCAUGAAAAACAAUUGCUACCUAUCAAAUGAGAUGCUUUAUGCAAACAAUUUUUUAGUUAUUAAAAAGUAUACAGCCAAAUAUGAAGUGCAAAUAGAUCCUUUUAACGGGUUCGAUAUAGCUAAACGAAUUAUAGGACUAAAAGGAACUAAUAUGAAAAAGAUAUGCAUAGAUACAGAUUGUAAAUUGAGAUUAAGGGGUAGAGGUUCCGGUUAUUUAGAAGGAGAAGAAAAAAAAGAGGCAAAUGAAUCAUUGCAUUUAUGUGUAUCUUGUCAAAAAUAUGAUCAUUAUGUGCUAGCCAAAAAAUUAAUUGAAGAGUUACUAAUUAAAAUUUACAUGGACUAUGACACAUGGUUGUAUAACCACGGAAAACCAUAUGCAAAUUUGAAACCUAAAACGUAUGAAAAGUUUAUUCCUCUUUUUAAAUUUCAUCAUAAUGGUAAUAACGCGAAACAGCAAAAUGUGAACCUAAACUGA